ACGAAAAUGGAAGUAGGAAGAUUAGAAAUUAACGAUAUGGUAUAAACCAUGAAGUUGGGGAUAUUGUUUGCUUACAUAUGCCUAGCUCCUCUCCUGGGGGUCCUGGGGAAGAAGAUCGCGAGCCCUAGCAAAGCGGGUUUGCGCUGGGACGGCCCGCGUUUUGUUAUGCGUCCGAUGUUGUUGGUUGAGGCGUUUCUUUCUUUCUUUAUUUUUUCCCCUUUUCUCAAAAAUCUAGAAACCUUCCCGGAUGUGUAUGACCAAACAUAUUACCACCAUAUUGCGUCGGGGAAUGAGCAUUUGUAUCUAUCGUAGGAUCUAAGGUUCAUCUCACCGAUGGGAUGAAGAACCACGGAAGAUAAAUAGAGGGAGAGAAACGGUCAUGAUAAAAAAAAUUACAUAGAUCUAGCCCAUGCUCGCUUCCCAUCAACGCGGUGCAACUUAACAUUCGAUUGGCUCGUGGUAAGAAAAGG